AUGAUUCCACAGUGUCCCCCAGCCCAACCGCCUGAUGAGUCCACAGUGUCCCCCAGCCCACCGCCUGAUGAGUCCACAGUGUCCCCCAGCCCACCGCCUGAUGAGUCCACAGUGUCCCCCAGCCCACCGCCUGAUGAGUCCACAGUGUCCCCCAGCCCACCGCCUGAUGAGUCCACAGUGUCCCCCAGCCCACCGCCUGAUGAGUCCACAGUGUCCCCCAGCCCACCGCCUGAUGAGUCCACAGUGUCCCCCAGCCCACCGCCUGAUGAGUCCACAGUGUCCCCCAGCCCACCGCCUGAUGAGUCCACAGUGUCCCCCAGCCCACCGCCUGAUGAGUCCACAGUGUCCCCCAGCCCACCGCCUGAUGAGUCCACAGUGUCCCCCAGCCCACCGCCUGAUGAGUCCACAGUGUCCCCCAGCCCACCGCCUGAUGAGUCCACAGUGUCCCCCAGCCCACCGCCUGAUGAGUCCACAGUGUCCCCCAGCCCACCGCCUGAUGAGUCCACAGUGUCCCCCAGCCCACCGCCUGAUGAGUCCACAGUGUCCCCCAGCCCACCGCCUGAUGAGUCCACAGUGUCCCCCAGCCCACCGCCUGAUGAGUCCACAGUGUCCCCCAGCCCACCGCCUGAUGAGUCCACAGUGUCCCCCAGCCCACCGCCUGAUGAGUCCACAGUGUCCCCCAGCCCACCGCCUGAUGAGUCCACAGUGUCCCCCAGCCCACCGCCUGAUGAGUCCACAGUGUCCCCCAGCCCACCGCCUGAUGAGUCCACAGUGUCCCCCAGCCCACCGCCUGAUGAGUCCACAGUGUCCCCCAGCCCACCGCCUGAUGAGUCCACAGUGUCCCCCAGCCCACCGCCUGAUGAGUCCACAGUGUCCCCCAGCCCACCGCCUGAUGAGUCCACAGUGUCCCCCAGCCCACCGCCUGAUGAGUCCACAGUGUCCCCCAGCCCACCGCCUGAUGAGUCCACAGUGUCCCCCAGCCCACCGCCUGAUGAGUCCACAGUGUCCCCCAGCCCACCGCCUGAUGAGUCCACAGUGUCCCCCAGCCCACCGCCUGAUGAGUCCACAGUGUCCCCCAGCCCACCGCCUGAUGAGUCCACAGUGUCCCCCAGCCCACCGCCUGAUGAGUCCACAGUGUCCCCCAGCCCACCGCCUGAUGAGUCCACAGUGUCCCCCAGCCCACCGCCUGAUGAGUCCACAGUGUCCCCCAGCCCACCGCCUGAUGAGUCCACAGUGUCCCCCAGCCCACCGCCUGAUGAGUCCACAGUGUCCCCCAGCCCACCGCCUGAUGAGUCCACAGUGUCCCCCAGCCCACCGCCUGAUGAGUCCACAGUGUCCCCCAGCCCACCGCCUGAUGAGUCCACAGUGUCCCCCAGCCCACCGCCUGAUGAGUCCACAGUGUCCCCCAGCCCACCGCCUGAUGAGUCCACAGUGUCCCCCAGCCCACCGCCUGAUGAGUCCACAGUGUCCCCCAGCCCACCGCCUGAUGAGUCCACAGUGUCCCCCAGCCCACCGCCUGAUGAGUCCACAGUGUCCCCCAGCCCACCGCCUGAUGAGUCCACAGUGUCCCCCAGCCCACCGCCUGAUGAGUCCACAGUGUCCCCCAGCCCAGAUAUGGAGGGUUGGUAA